CGCUCGUGCGCGUGCGUGUAUGUGUGUGAGUGAGUGAGAGUGUGUGAGUGUAUGUGUGUGUGUGUGUGUGUCAGCCGUACCCAUCAUGGCCCCUGAGCAGCAGCUGAUCAGACGGACCGCGGCUCCGCCAUCCUCCUCCAGCGAGCAGCGGCACCGGUGAGGAGGCUCCAUGUGUCCUCCAUCCUCGGUCAGAUAUCUGAGCAAGAGGGCCGCUCUCCAGCCGCCCAGCGCGAACAUGAAUAGGGAUUAUUCCAUUAAUCUAUCGGUGCAGCGAGUGCUGAGCCUUUGGGUCCAGGGCACGGUACCAACCCUACAGCACUUCACAGAAAUGUGGUACUGGGUGUUCCUGUGGUGUCUAUUCUCGUCUCUGUUCGUUCACAGUGCCAUGGGUCUGCUGAUGUGUGUGACACUGCAGCGUCAUAAGAGAGGACGGCUCAUCACAGUGGUGCUCAUCAGCGUGGGGUUCCUGGCUUCUCUCACCGGCGGGGUCAUCACCAGUGCGGCAGUAGCAGCUGUGUACCGUGUGGCAGGGAAGGACAUGGCUCCUCUUGAAGCUCUGGUGUUUGGAGUGGGCCAGACCGCUUUCACCGUCGUCAUCUCAUUCUCACGGAUCUUGGCCACCCUCUAAAUGGACUAAAAGUAUCAUUUACUGAAUCACCCAACAGCCAAUCAGCUGGCAGAAGAGCCAGGGAAGAGGUGAGUUGGCUCAAAUCACAGAGGUUUGGUCUGCGGUACAAAACGAUGAGCUUUACGAGUCAUUUAUGGCCAAUGGACCAUUAUAUGAAUCCCUCUGGAAUGGCAGUCUUGGAGAAUUUGACAUUUUAAGAAGCAAAAACAGCAUUAUAAGCCAAUGACUGAGACUCAAUCUACGUGCCAACUGCCUCGAUGCAGGAUUGAGAUGAAUCUUGGGAUGUCUGUUCAUCUUUGUUAAACAUUUGUUUAGUUUUUUGCACAUGGAUCAUUUCAGCUUUAUGUAAACUGGGUGGUUUUGGAGCUGUAGCUGGGCUGCAACACCAAGAUGGAUGCACCAAAAACAUCCUCUAAGAAGUUGACUGUCAUUAUGUCUGUCUGUCCUCAAACAUUUUCUAAUUCUGCUCAGCUGAAUGGCCCGAAGCAUUCAUGUUUGUAUUAAUAUGGAUUAUCACUCGUCCAGCAGUAUUAUUACAUCCAUAACAAUACCUUCUUCUCCUUCUCUCGUUUCUCGUUUUCCUUCCACUUUGCACUUGCUGCAUUUUGAAAACUGUCUAAAUGGUGUAAGAUCUGUAGAAAGUUACAUUGGGAUCCAAUAUGGACUUUAAUUCAAGGAAGUUUAUGUGUUAAUCUGGUCUCUUGUAACCAAUAUAAAUUCACUCAUAAUGGAAAAAUGCCUUAUAACAAAAUGGAAACAUAAUGGAACAUCAGUAUGAAUUUUAACUCUGGUAUUUAAUCAAAUGUCAGUUUUAAAGCAAAGAAAACAAGUAUUCAAAAAGCCACUAUAUGGCCUACAACGUCUUGUUCUAUGUCAAGAUGUAAAGUAAUCCAUCAUCUGCUAUUAUAUCAUGGACACAUUCAAAUUUGAUCUUGUCCUUGUAUAAAUACUCCCGUAUUUAACAUCUUCAUGUAUGAUCCAUUUUAUCCAGAAUUGCUGUGGCAAUACUCUCCCUGCUCGAAUAUGGGGACUCAAACCUCAGGCCUUAAAAGACAAGACAGACGCUUUCAUCCUGGACUUGUCCUAAUCAGUUUGAGAGAGUAAAUCAAUGGGUGAUUUUGUCCUCUGGCAUCACCAGUUGAACAUGAAAAAUAUAUCGUGCUUGAAAGCUCUUGUGUGGAAGUGCACUCCGAUGCCAUAAUGAAAAUGGUCACUUGUGCGUCUUUGCAAACAGAUUAUAAUUAUGCCUUCCAUAAGUUUCCAUUUUUACUGACGGACUUCGCCAAAAAGUUUGAACUACAGUGGAAUAGGAGCGAGUGUACUGAUGUUCAAAUGUUAAAGUAAUAGUUCACCCAAAAAUGAAAAUUUGCUCAAACUCACUCUCAGGCCUUCCAAGAUGUAGAUGAAGUUGUUUGAACAGAUUUGGAGAAACUUGGCAAUACAUCACUUUCUCCCCAUGGAUCCUCUGCAGUGAAUGGGUGCCGUCAGAAUAAAAGCCCUGAUACAAACAUCACAAUAAUCCACAAGUAUUCCACACGACUCCAUUCCAUCAAUUAACAUCUUAUAAAGUGAAAAGCUGCAUGUUUGCAAUCCAUUUUUUACUUCAAACUGUUACUUCUGGUUAAAACAUGAGUCCUAUAUUGAUGUAAGAGGACAACAGGGGAUGGACUUCUUCACUGAAGUUUUAUGGAUUGUAAAGUGACGUGAUGUGUAACCAAGCAUGGUGUCUCAUACUCGGAAUUUGUGCUUUGCAUUUAAACCAUCUACUAAGUGCAUGCAGUUACUAAGUGCAGCCAUGUUUGCUGCACCACCUGGGUAGCAUUUGGGGGUUCGGUGUCUUGCUCAAAGGUUUCACCUCAGUCAUGGUAUUGAGUGUUGGAAGAGAGCGCUGCACAUUCACUCCUCCCACCUACAAUCCCUGCUGGUAACGAGACUCGAUCCUGUGACCUUCAAGUUUAAAACGCCUUGAUGGAUUUGUUUCUUACAAAUACAAAGCUUUUCAGUUCAUGAGACUAAUAGAUGGACUGGAGUGGAGUGGAUUUCUUCUGGAUUAUUGUGAUGUUUUUUAUCAGCUGUUUAGACUCUCAUUCUGACGGCACCCAUUCACUGGAGAAGAACUAUUGGUGAGCAAGUGAUAUAAGGAUACAUUUCUCAAAAUCUGUUCAGAUGAGAAAACAAACUCUUGAAUAUCUUGGAUGGACUUAGGGUGAUUAAUUUUUCAUUUCUUGGUGAACAAUUCCUUUAAAUGGAAAAGGUUUUGAAUGGGGAAAAGUGUGGAAUGUGACGACUGCUUGUGUUCUACGAUACCUCACUGCUGCCACUGGCUUUAUUAUUAACAAAACUUUCCUUUUUUAUCCAUUCCAUUUUUAUGAACACCAUGAAUUUUGAUGUUUUAAUGCUAAUUGUAACCUGAUAGUUGAAGACCAUUUACUAUAUUUUGUUGUACAAUUGAUUUACAUUUGAAUGUAAAUGUCUGAAAAUAAUUCUUUUUUUUUAUUGUUUAGUAGCACUUUUUAUAAAGCUUUAUAUAAAUAAUGCAUCAUUAAGGUAUUCAUAAAUAUAAAGAAUAAUCAAUUAUCAAGACAAGAAUUGCUGUUGUUACUGGUAUAAAUAAAGGGAUUUGAACAAACUAGUAUUCAAUUACAGAAUAGAACGACAACAUUUUUACCUUGUGGACGGAAAAAUGGGUGCAAAUUAUGAAUUAUUGUUAAAAAGUUUCAUAAUCAUUUCAUCAUUAAAGCUUCAUAAUUAUCAGCUUUUUUUCAUAGCAUGUGAAACAUUUCUAAAACUCAAAAUGAGCUUUUCAGUGAUUCAUCUUUUAAUAUCCAUUCAAUCUCUGCAAGACUGAUGCCAAACUCCACCUGUUUAUUACUGUAUUGGGCAUUACAAAAGAGCAUAUUCCUAAUGUUUGUUUGUUUAUUAACAGCUCAUUUAUGUGUGGCCGUUGUGUCAAAGUCAAUAAUGUCUGAUUGUUAGAUUAAAACACUAUUGUGUGAAACAAGUGAUGUAUGAAGCCACUGAAACAUGAUCAUUGUUCUGUUGUCAUUGACAUACUGUUUAUUUAAGCCAAAGUAUUCCUUAUCUCUUCAGCUUUAGGAAUGUUUUAAUUGAAUAUGAUUUUUAUGGAAAGCAACCUUUUUAUUAUAAUUUUUUUAAAUUAUGUUUUUUCUUGUCAGAAUAUCUCAGCACUAAUUAAUGUAGUCUGAACUACUGAAAAGGCUGAUUUCCCAUUUGUUGAUACUGUGAAAGACUUUCGGAUGUUAUUAAUGAGUUAAGGUAUUGAUGAGGGUGUUGGAUGUAAUGGCUAUUUACUUAUCUUAUGCAACUUAAAAGGUCAUUUUCAUUACCAGACUAGCUCUGCAGAGGGCGUCAGUGUACUGUGAAUGAGUUUGAAACACAUCCUACUGUCAAAGGAAACUGAUUGUAUGUGUAGAAUUAUGCAAGUCUAAUGCGUUGACUUGAUUCAUAAUGGGUUUCAUGAGGGAUUCUGUGUGUCGGAAAAGAGUCACUUUUUUGUUGAUUAAACAUUGGUAUGAUGCAUUUGCCCUUUAAUUUAUUUGGAAAUCCAUUACUGAACUAUUCAGUACUACGUAGUUUUAGUUAAGCAGUUCAGAAUGACAUACUACCAUGCUAUUUACAAUUUUUGCAGUAAACUGCAGAUUUUUUUAUUUUAUGUUUUAGUAUUCUGACUUGUUUUGCAGAAUACAAAUCUAAAUAUUCUUAAAUUAAGAUACACAAGAUAUUAAUUCUUGUUUUCAGAAAAUUCUUAAAAAUGUUAAGCUUAAAACAAGAAAAUAAUAAUAAUAAUAAUAAUCUGCCAGUGGAGUAAAAAACAACUUUCUAAUUCAGAGUGAAAACAAGUCAUGUUUGUUUUUCUUAUCCCAUUGACACAUAUUUGUAGUUUGUUUUAAUCAUUAAAUAUUAUUUGUAAUUUUGUCUAUUUGUUUCAGAAAAUAACACAUAUAUCUGCAUAGUAUACAGUAGGCAGAAGGCAAGUAUUCCAUUCUGAACACAACCAUACAGACUUGACAUUGUUUUGACAAAAUGUUUUGGAUUUGAGUAUAUCAGUUGAAUUAAUUAUGACUUUGUUUUAUUAUUUAUUCAGUCCACGUUUGUAGAGAACAUAAAAUCAACUGUAUGCAGUCUUAUGUAUUUUUGCGACUUUAGAGCCCCCUACGGUUAAAAGGGUGGAAUUCACUGACUUAAUUAAAGCGGAUAGCUUUACACACAUUUGUUGCUUAGCGGAAUUUUCUUUUACUGUCUAUGGGAAUUUUUUACCCGCUCACCAAACUUACUUCCCGAACAGACAAUUGUGGGGAGCGCAGAAAAGAAACAGAAGCCAUUCGCCUUAUUAGAAGGCGGUGUACCAUCAGAAUGAUUUUGAAACUGAUAUUUUCAAAGUAAAAACGAACAUACAGUUGUUUGAAAUUGUAAGGGGAAAAAAAGGAAAGAUAAUUGGGUAAUGUAGUGGCAUAUUUAACAUAUCAAUUGUGUUUGACAUGAUUAGCAUGAUGAUGAUUAGCUUUAGGUGUCCGUGUUUAUGAGUGAAGCUGUAGAUGUGUUGAAGUGUUCUCUCUGUGUAUGUAGAUGUGUUUGAGUGUAUCGAAAUGCCUUUACUGAUUUGAGAUGGGGUGUUUUCUCCAAAUAAGGUUUGAUUUAUACUUGUGUUUUGAUAAAGAUUGACUGAUCAUAAUUGUUUUGAAAUACUUUUAUAGCUGCCUUGAAAAUUAUGGGUUCAUAUAACUCUGCCCCAUGAUGUUAAAGUAAUAGAAAGCUUUGCUUUUUGUUGUUUUGCACAGUUUUAAGGGCCAUAAAACCAGUUUAGCAGCUCAAUUGGCGUCCUUAUGACCCAGUCAUAUUCAGAGCUGCUAAUUGGUUGGUUGGUUAUGCUUAAGUCAUAUGCUUCUCAAAAAAGUCUUAUUUUGAGUUGAAGAUGUGGGAUGAACAGAUGGUAAGAUUUCAGGCCUUGGAAAUACUUGAGAUGGAGAAUAUUGCAAUACAUUGAGGGAGAUGACACAGCACAUCCAAGACAGAUACUAGGUUUGUUUCCCCUGUUAACAUACUACAUUCAGACAUGUGUCUGUCAUGUGUCUGUACCUCAGUGAUUGCAUGCAAAAGUGCAACUCCUCUCAGACUUUAAAGUGUGCAAACGGAUUUCUGACAAUCCCUGUUAAAUGCCACUCCGCAAGAAGUGGCAUGUGUAGAUAGUGUAUGAUAUGUUCUUUUUUAAUUUUGUAUGAGCAAACAGCACCUCUAAUUAUGUACAAAUGCUCCUCUGUAAAACACCUUGCGGUCAGUUGAAAUAAAAAAGUUUUGCAGUAAAA